UUAUGUAGACCUGGCAGGGUUUUUUACAAGAAAGAGGAGUUGGUGCGCCAUACGCUAGGACAUGGAUUUCCACAAUAUGCUUGUGAAAACCCAGGAUGCGACAGAGGCUUCUAUCGGGCUGAUCUGCUCGCCAGGCAUCGACAACACGAUCAUUCGCUCGAACUUGUAUCUCAACCUCGGGGAACAUCCGAUUUCAUGAGCGGCGAAGCCAGCACUACAGUUCCAGGAACUCUGCAGGAUUGGUCAAGGAUGGUAGGCGAC